UCCCGGAUAAAAGGGGGCUGCGCACGCUCCGUAGGUCUUCUCCCACGUCAACCGGAGCAACUCCUGCACAGCACUGUACCACAGCCCACUGUACCGCAGCCCCACUGUCGAGAAUCAUGACUGAACUGAAGGAGCGCACGUUCAUCGCCAUCAAGCCCGAUGGCGUGCAGAGGGGCAUCAUCGGAGAGAUCGUCAAGAGGUUCGAGGUGAAAGGCUUCAAACUCGUGGGCAUGAAGAUGCUCCAUGCCUCUGAGGAACUCCUGAUGCAGCACUACAUCGACCUGAAGGACAGACCAUUCUUUCCUACCCUCAUGAAGUACAUGACCUCUGGUCCAGUGGUUGCCAUGGUGUGGGAAGGCAAGGGUGCAGUGAAGACAGGCAGGGUGAUGCUGGGCGAGACCAACCCCGCUGAGUCCAAGCCCGGAACCAUCAGAGGAGACUUCUGUAUCGACGUCAGCAAGAACAUCAUCCACGGCAGUGACUCAGUGGAAAGUGCCAAAAAGGAGAUUUCCCUGUGGUUCACACCAGAAGAGCUGGUCAGCUACACUAGCUGUGCCGCCGACUGGCUCUACUAAACCACUCUGGGUCCUGCAGCAGUCCUCACUCUGGUUUCGAGACCAGGGAAACUUUUGCCUCAGAUUUGUUUUUUUGCCUAGAGGAGAGAACUGAUGAAGUUCCUGUCCCCACAGUCCUCACAUCCCCUCUGACGUCAUCAAACUGAACUUGGAUCUGUUCUCUUCGGAGGCCAAGGUCUAGUCCAGAUUCAUUCCAGACCUCAUUCCUUUAGAAACAUUCCAUCCAAUGAAUAUACAGUUAAUGACUUGAAACAGUUUUUGACUGUCAGUUUUGUUAAACAGUGAUCUGCUUUCCAAUAAAAUGCACACAGUA